GCCUGGGAGUUUGCAGUUUGAACAUGCUCCAGAGUGCUGCUGAUGCUGCUGUUCUCUGCGUUGAACAGCACUAACCGUAGAGCUCCAUUUAGUUACUUUCAGGGAAGCCCUGACUCAGGCUGGUCAUGAGCCAUUGGGAGUAUGGUUUUCGAGCUGCUUCUCUAUUCUUUUCUUCGGUCCUUUUUACUUCGUUUCAGUCAAACUCGGUAGCUUCCCCCUACGUCACCUAUCAUAGGAAAAGCCUUUUAAGUGUUGAUUGUGUGGGCUGUGAUACAACUGAGGUGUCCUAAAUUGCAAUCAGCGAAUGACAACAGAGCUGCUCAAGGCGGGAACUUUGAGCUGAGCAGUGGAGGUUUCUCUGGAUCUGGAGAGAAGAGUGACCUUGGAGCCAAUAAUGAGCCAUCCUGACUACAGAAUGAACCUCUGGCCCCUGGGGACCCCCAGAGGUGUGUCUGCUGUGGCUGGUCCACAUGACAUUGGUGCUUCGCCAGGUGACAAAAAGUCAAAGAACAAGUCCACACGAGGGAAGAAAAAGAGCAUAUUUGAAACUUACAUGUCCAAGGAGGAUGUUUCGGAAGGCUUGAAGAGAGGAACACUCAUCCAGGGUGUAUUGAGAAUUAAUCCAAAGAAGUUUCAUGAAGCCUUCAUUCCUUCCCCGGAUGGUGAUCGAGACAUUUUUAUUGAUGGGGUUGUUGCUCGUAAUAGAGCCUUAAAUGGGGAUCUGGUGGUCGUGAAACUGCUUCCCGAGGAGCAGUGGAAGGUAGUUAAACCAGAGAGCAAUGACAAAGAAACAGAAGCUGCGUAUGAAUCAGAUAUCCCUGAGGAGCUCUGUGGACACCAUCUCCCGCAACAGUCCCUGAAAAGCUAUAAUGACAGUCCUGAUGUCAUUGUAGAGGCUCAGUUUGAUGGCAGUGACUCAGAAGAUGGACAUGGCAUCACACAAAAUGUGCUGGUUGAUGGUGUUAAGAAACUCUCAGUUUGUGUUUCUGAAAAAGGAAGAGAGGAUGGUGAUGCACCGGUUACAAAAGAUGAGACCACCUGCAUUUCACAAGAUACAAGAGGUUUACCGGAAAAAUCCCUGCAAAGAUCAGCAAAGGUGGUUUACAUCUUGGAGAAAAAACAUUCUCGAGCAGCAACUGGCUUCCUCAAACUCUUGGCUGAUAAGAACAGCGAACUGUUUAGGAAAUACGCCCUGUUUUCUCCCUCAGACCACCGAGUGCCUAGAAUUUAUGUGCCUCUCAAGGACUGUCCCCAGGACUUUGUGGCACGGCCUAAAGAUUAUGCCAACACACUGUUCAUCUGCCGCAUUGUGGACUGGAAGGAGGACUGCAAUUUUGCCCUGGGGCAGUUGGCUAAGAGUCUUGGGCAGGCUGGUGAAAUUGAGCCUGAAACAGAAGGAAUACUAACAGAGUAUGGCGUGGAUUUCUCUGAUUUCUCUUCAGAAGUUCUAGAAUGUCUUCCUCAAGGCCUGCCAUGGACAAUUCCACCAGAGGAGUUCAGCAAGAGAAGGGAUUUAAGAAAAGACUGUAUCUUCACCAUUGACCCAUCAACUGCCCGAGACCUCGAUGAUGCCCUCUCCUGCAAGCCACUCGCUGAUGGCAACUUUGAAGUGGGAGUUCACAUUGCCGACGUGAGUUACUUUGUUCCGGAGGGAUCUGAUCUGGAUAAAGUGGCUGCUGAGAGGGCCACAAGCGUCUACUUGGUUCAAAAGGUGGUCCCCAUGCUUCCCAGGCUGCUGUGUGAGGAGCUGUGCAGCCUCAACCCCAUGUCUGACAAGCUGACCUUCUCUGUGAUCUGGACACUGACUCCAGAGGGCAAGAUCCUUGAUGAAUGGUUUGGCCGGACCGUCAUCCGCUCCUGCACCAAACUUAGCUACGAGCAUGCACAGAGCAUGAUUGAAAGCCCAAAUGAGAAAAUCCCUGCGAAAGAGCUGCCCCCCAUUUCCCCAGAGCAUAGCAGCGAGGAGGUACACCAGGCCAUCCUGAAUCUCCACGGAAUUGCCAAGCAAUUACGCCAGCAGCGCUUCGUGGACGGCGCACUUCGUUUGGAUCAGCUAAAGCUUGCUUUCACUCUGGACCACGAGACCGGAUUGCCUCAAGGAUGUCACAUCUAUGAGUACCGCGACAGCAACAAGCUCGUGGAGGAGUUCAUGCUCUUGGCCAACAUGGCAGUGGCCCACAAGAUCCACCGCGCCUUCCCCGAGCAGGCCCUGCUGCGCCGGCACCCCCCGCCCCAGACAAGGAUGCUCAAUGACCUGGUGGAAUUCUGCGACCAGAUGGGGCUGCCCGUGGACUUCAGCUCCGCAGGAGCCCUCAAUAAAAGCCUGACCCAAACAUUUGGAGAUGACAAGUACUCACUGGCCCGGAAGGAGGUGCUCACCAACAUGUGCUCCCGGCCCAUGCAGAUGGCACUGUACUUCUGCUCGGGGCUGCUACGGGACCCGGCGCAGUUCCGGCACUACGCACUCAACGUGCCCCUGUACACACACUUCACCUCGCCCAUCCGCCGCUUCGCCGACGUCCUGGUGCACCGCCUCCUGGCUGCCGCGCUAGGCUAUAGGGAGCGACUAGACAUGGCGCCUGAUACCCUGCAGAAACAGGCGGACCACUGCAACGACCGCCGAAUGGCGUCCAAGCGCGUGCAGGAGCUCAGUACCAGUCUCUUCUUUGCCGUUCUGGUCAAGGAGAGUGGCCCCCUGGAGUCGGAAGCCAUGGUGAUGGGCGUCCUGAACCAAGCCUUCGACGUGCUGGUGCUGCGCUACGGCGUGCAGAAGCGCAUCUACUGCAACGCACUGGCCCUGCGGUCCCACCACUUCCAGAAGGUGGGCAAGAAGCCGGAGCUCACGCUGUUCUGGGAGCCUGAGGACAUGGAGCAGGAGCCAGCACAGCAGGUCAGAACCCCUCUGUGUCCCAGCCCCCCAAGUCCUGAUGACCCCUCUCCUGCGGUGCCCCUCAUUCCUUCAUCUGUGUCCCCUGGGCUCCCCCAGCACUGCAGCCUCCCAGGUAGGGUUUCAGGGCCCACAGGCCCUCCCAGCUCACCCAGACCCCGCCCUGUGGGUCCUGCUUUCUGGCACCACCUUCCCUUCUUUGGGGGCAACCACAGUGGAGAGAGGCGGGCUCUGCCUGUCCUGCUAAUGCAUGGGUGCUGGCCUUCUGGGGUCUUUUUAAGAACCUGAUAAAAGCUAUGAGUUUACAAGCAAGAAAUUGUCUGGAACCGUUUUCACCAACAAUGUACCCCGAAGGCGGACCUGGGCCCCCAGGUUGUGUUUCAUAAGCCUUGGGAGCGCUCAGGAUGCAUCUGACUCCCUGGCUCUGCCCUGACCCAGGGCAUUCAUCCUGGAGCAGGCCCCCGUUACAGACAGGCGAGCAGAGGCUUCCAGAGGCCGAAGGAGGGGCCUGGGGUCCUGCUGCAGGGAUGGAGGCAGAGCUGCGCCUCGUCAUCAGGCCCUGCUGUCCUUGUCCCCUCACGGCCGGGCUCUGCACAGGUCAUCACCAUCUUCAGCCUGGUGGAGGUGGUCCUGCAGGCAGAGUCCACAGCCCUCAAGUACAGCGCCAUCCUGAAGCGGCCAGGCACCCAGGGCCACCUGGGCCCUGAGAAGGAGGAGGAGGAGGAGGAGGAGGAGGAGGAGGAGUCUGAUGGUGAGCCCGAGGACUCAAGCACCAGCUGAGCUCCGCCAGCCGCCUGCCCCACCUGCCUGUCCCGCCACACUGGCUUUAGGAAUAGGACCUGUUGACACGGAGGGGGAUUUUUAAUUUGGUUUUUAACAACUCAGGGGUUUGUUUUUAUUUUUAUUUAAUUUUUGCAGCUCAACUUUUAAACAAACUGCAGGGGAGAGGGUGGGGCUGGAAGGAUGGCUGAGGCCUGGUCAGCAGUGACCCCAGCAGAGCAGGCCCCAGUCCUCCUGGGAGGCCGGCCCCCCUUUUUUCUGGGCCCUACUGCCCUCCUCUGCCCAGGAAAUGGGGGGUUUCAGCAAAUCAGUGUCACAGAAUAAAAUCAAAUGUGGAGUGCCA